AUGUGGUAUAGUUUACAAAUUGGUAUAAUAUUGCAUCUCAAAAGUUCCUCCUCAUCGCCUGCUGGAAAUGGCUUCAACGGUUUCUCCUCCCAAGAAUCUGCUUAUUUUUUAACUGACAAUGUCGUUUCAUGUGAAAAUUUGAACAUUGAAAAUACCAGGGUGAAUGUUGCGGAAAGCGUCAGCUUUUCACAAGAAUCCUUGCACACACAUGACAAUCUUUCAAACAAGUUAGCUAAUUUUGAUAUAGAUGUUCGAUCAACUGAUAAAUCAUGUGGCUCAAGCUCAAAUAGUUUGAACAAACAGAAUAUUUUCUCACCAUACUCAUCACCUUUGCACCGUUACCAACCCUUACUACCUUCAACUGCGACUGUAACAGAUAAAAGUCGAGGUUGUAGUAAUUGCAGCACCGUUUCAACUAAAUCAUCACCAGUACGUCAUCAACAAAAUUGCAGAAAAUCCAAUACUAGCAUUAAUGGCGUCAACGCUGGAAUUCAAACUCCCCUUACAUUUUGCGCGAAUAAUGAAGGAACACAAGUAUCGGCAAAAUGUGUGGAUCCGGCUGCGUCGCAUGAUAAUCAAGAUUUAUGCGUUCAUUCGCCUAUUGCGCAUGUAAGAAACUUCACCGCUACGAAUACAGCUAAUACCGUUAAACAGCGGACACCUAGACAGGUCAACGAUCAACCGAUAAACGCAGCCUCAGAAGAUGGUAAUGAAGUUGUACGAACAAGACAAUCAAGAUUCAGGAUGACUGAUCAACAGGUCCUUAAUGAACUAAAGCGAAUUGUUAACAGCGGUGAUCCUUUCCAGAAGUAUCAACUUAUUGAUAAAAUUGGUGUUGGCGCUACCGGUAAUGUUUGGACGGCUAGAUGCAAAUUUACUGGAGAGGUGGUCGCGGUUAAACGGAUGGCAUUCAAAUCGCAGCCCAAAAAAGAGAAUUUGGUUAACUAUAUUGAUAGUUAUCUGGUAGGCGCUGACGACUUGUGGGUAAUUAUGGAUUUCCUCAAUGGUGGUAAUCUGACUGAUGUUGUUGUAAAAACGGAACUUGACGAGGGGCAAAUUGCAGCUGUUUUAAAGGAAUGCCUUUUGGCUUUGGAUUUCCUACACAAGCAUAGCAUUAUCCACAGAGAUAUUAAAUCAGACAACGUUCUUUUGGGUAUGGAUGAUUUCGGCUUCUGUGCCCAAUUGCAACCUGGAUCCAAAAGGGCAACAAUAAUUGGUACACCAUAUUGGAUGGCACCGGAGAUUGUAAACAAAACAAAAUAUAACUACAAAGUGGAUAUAUGGUCAUUGGGAAUCAUGGCUCUAGAAAUGGUUGAUGGUGAACCUCCUUAUCUGUCUGAAACUCCAUUAAGGGCCAUUUACUUGAUUGCACAAAAUGGAAAGCCGGAAAUUAGGAGGAUGGCUGAACUUUCGGAAGAGUUCUUGGAUUUGAUAAAUCGGUGUCUUUGUGUUGAUCCAAAUGAGCGUGCAGACACAGAAGAACUAUUAAACCAUCCGUUUAUUGCGAGGUUUUAA